CUUUUCUUAGAUGCAGUUUUUGUUUCGUUUUGCGAGUUUUGUGUCCAGUAUGGCUCAUGGCCCAAAAAGUAAGAUGCGUUUUCCUUUUUCUCCUAAAACUCAUGUCAAGGUGUCCUUAGAGAUGGCUUCCCACAGGUUCCUGCUUUCCCAAGUCCAGGCCGAAGAAGCGAAUUGCUUGGCCCCAGUUGAUCGGCUCGGUGCCUGGUCUAGAAGAAGAUGCGCUUGGUCUGCCUCCACAAAAGCUGCAGAGGCCUGUUGCUUUGGAAAAGAGGAACCGGUUGGCACCCGUGGGGCGGUCAGGGUGGACCUGAGUGCCCUGUGGGAAGACGCGGAGGAGUACGAGAGACAGAGGUUUCGUUCCGAUGCGCUUCCUUUGGGAGAAACUCCCUGGCAGACUCUGUGCCGGCUGGGAGAGGCAGCCGAGAGAUGGCUAAGGCCGCAGGACCGCAGCAAAGGACAGCUUGUGGACGUGGUCAUCCUGGAGCAGUUUCUGCACGUGCUUCCUUUGGGGAUGCAGGCCUGGGUGAGAGCCAGGAAGCCGAGGAACAGCCAGGAGGCAGCGCAGCUGGCUGAAGCUUACCUGGAGCAACAGCGCCCCGUGUCUCUCCAGGAAGUGACUGUAUAUUUCACCCAAGAGGAGUGGGACCUUCUAGAUGAGGAAGAAAGGAUCUUGUAUUACAAUGUUAUGCAAGAAAAUUCUGAGAACGUGGCCUCCUUAGAGCUCCUGAUAGCCAACCUCGACCCAUGUCACCAGCCCGAGUGGGAAGAAGAGCAACAGAUGGCUGAUCUCCAGGCAUUCAGAGGAAAGGACCCGAGUGCUGAAGGGGACGUGAACUGUGAGGACAUAGCUGUGCUUGAAAGUCUGGAUACAAGAAGGAAUCCUCAUCCAGAAGAGCCUGGAGCAGAGCAGCUUCACGAGCCAUUGCGCUGGGAUGUGUUCUUUGAUCCCAAAAGGUCUGAAGCAGUGGAGAUCAAGUCAGUAAGACAGCAGGGGCUAUUACCGGAGCUGACGCAAGCUUCUAAGGCUGACAAGAAAAUGCCCAGGAGUAGCUCCCAAAGAGGUACUACUCUGUCAAAAAGGAACUAUGCCUGUCCUGAGUGCGGGAGAAGCUUUGAUCGCCGUUCCAACUUAAUUAAGCACCAGAGGAUCCACACAGGAGAAAAGCCAUAUCCAUGUAUGGAAUGCGGGAAAUGCUUUGACCAGCAGUCCAAUCUGAACGUCCAUCUAAGGGUCCAUACCGGAGAGAAACCAUAUGGCUGCCCUGAUUGUGGCAAAAGAUUUAGUAUCAAAUCUCAUUUACAUGGACACUACAGGAUCCACACAGGGGAGAAACCAUAUGAGUGUGAGGACUGUGGGAAGAGCUUCCGUGUGAAAUCUUCUCUAAAUAAGCACCAGCGAACCCAUGCAGGAGAUCCCAAGCUGUCCAGACCAACUGAGAUCAGAGCAGAAGGUCCCCGGGCAAUAUUACCAGAGCUGACACGGGUACAUGCAGCUCCUGAAACAGAAAAUAUCAUUGAACUUAUGAUUAGCAAGCCCCCAAUAGCAAUCAGAGUGUCAAACAGAAAUUAUGCCUGUCCUGAGUGUGGGAGAAGUUUUGAUCGGCCUUCAGAUCUUAUUAAACACCAGAGGAUCCACACAGGGGAAAAGCCAUAUCCAUGUAUUGAAUGCGGGAAACGUUUUCAUCAGCAGUCUAACCUUAAUGUCCAUUUACGUCUCCAUACUGGAGAGAAACCUUUUGGCUGUCCUGAUUGUGGCAAAAGAUUCAACACCAAUUCCCAGCUACAUGGACAUUACAGGGUCCACACAGGAGAGAGGCCUUAUGAAUGUGAAGACUGCGGGAAGAGAUUCUAUGUGAAAUCUACUCUAAAUAAGCACCGGCGAGUCCACACAGGAGAAAAGCUACAUAAAUGUCUCUCCUGAGGAAAAACGUUCACCUGCAGCUCUAACCUAAUUAAACGCCAGGUCUCUCUCUGGAGGGAAA